GAGAAUGUGAGAGUGUGAUGACGAGUGACGGCUGAUAAACAAUGUGUGUGUGUUUUAAGUGGACGAGUUAAAGGGAAAGUGUGUGUCUGUGUGCGCUGUGGUCACCAUGGUCUUCCUCAGACGGAGGACACUGCUUCGCUACCUGUUCCUGUCGGCCAUGUUGGCUCUGCUCCUCUUCAUCAGCUCCUUCUGGCUCCCUCAGGGUGGAGUAGGCGAAUGUGGCAGCGCCUGGCAGCCAUGUUUGAGUUUUUACCACCUCUCGCCAGAGCCUCCAUUGUUACCUGCAGAGAGGGCGGGGCCCAGCGAAGCCCCGCCCCUCAUAAAGGAGUGUCCUGGCCAAUCGUUUCAGGCCUGGCGUCUGCUCCAGUAUUUAAAGUCCAGCCUGGCCGACGCUGACGACAUCCUGCUGGAGCCGUACCUGCAGAGCUGGGAUCAGCUCCUCAACUUCAUGGAGUCUCUCGGGACGAUGGUCAGUUUGUUCUCUCAGAAGGUGAAGGAGAAGGUCGUACUGAUACGAGAGCUGUCACUCAAAUACAGCACAGAGGCUCAUGGGAAACGUGGUCCGUCUGACAGCUCUGGACUAAAAAAAGGGGUGAGUGUCGCAAAAACAUUGCAGGAUGAUUUGAAGUCAUCAGCUCAUUUUCUUUGUUCUCCUCUCCAGGCGUAUCGCUCGGUUCGGUCCAUGGUGGGGGCGGAGCUAAAGGCGGGCUUGGUGGACUUCACCUGGCGAACAGAUUCAGGGUGCAGGACGCUGCUGCGGCUGCAUCGAUCUCUGCUGUGGUUGAAGCUCAUGUUGGAGGGUUUGACUGAAGGACCGGACGCUGAAGGUCGAUACAAAACACCUGGAGAGCUGGGCAGGGAAGCCUACAAGGUGGCGCUGGCUCCCCACCACCCCUGGAUGCUGCGUCAGGCUGCAGAGUUCGUCUUCCUCGCCCUCCCGGACAGACAGUACUUCCUGCAGCUGGUGUGUGUGAUGAACCAGGAGGAGGCUGUGCCCGUCCUGCACACCAUCAUCCACGCCCUGAUGCUCGUGCACACACAGACCCAGCGAAUCCUGGCAGAACACAACAUGCUGGAACUGCCUUGAACGCAGCACGUCCACGCAGCACGUCGACGCCAUGACUGUACGCACAGAUAGAAAAGCUUCCUGUCAAUGUGCGGAGAGCUUCAAGGACAGAAACCACCAACAGACGACAAAAACACAACGUAAAACAGUCCGAGGUGGUGCCGACAGUGGUGGAGGAAAUAUUCAGGUCCAUCACUGCAGUGAAAAUACAACGUGCUCUGUUACAAGCUGACCUUUGACCUUUUGGAUGUAAAAUGUCAUCACUUCAUUAUUUCAUCCUGUCAGACACUUGUGUCAAAUUUUGUCAUAAUUAGUGUUUGAAUUCUUCAAG